GUUAACAAACCGCGGCUCGAACUGAUUUUUAAACUUAGUGGCGGGAGAUUUAAGCAGGUCCCGGGUCUGUGGUUUGUUUAUUCCCAACUGAAAUGAAUGUCAUACAUAGUUUCUUCACCAAGUUAAAAAUUCUUGCAGUAAAUUUGGAGAAUGAGACCAAAUAUCUGGAUCAUGCUUUGAAUAAUGAGUCUGAUCAUGAAGAAGAAGCUCCAAGAAAGAUCCUUCAUGAGUUGCAUUCUGAAGUCAGAAAUAUUAAGGCUGAUGUUCAAAAAAAAGUGGAAACCUUUGAUAAUGACUACAAAGAGCACAGUGAAUUAAUUAGAGCCUUCCAGAUACUGCAGCAAAAGAAUUGUGCAGAACUUGAAGAAAUCGAAGAACACUUUCAGAAUUAUGGAUAUGAACCCUUGCAUAGAAAAGAUGAUGUACCACAGAUUGAAGUGAUGAAUACUGUAGUAGAUGGAACUGAAAAUUCUGAACCUGAACAUGAAGAGCAAACUGAAGAAGUUGGGUCUCCUCCAUCACAUAAGAAGCCUUUGCCGAAUGAUUCCUUGCGUACCCCACAGCUCGAAGAUUUUGGACUUGGUCACUUAAUGUUUCAAAAUGCGUGGGGAGAGCCAGAAUGUAAUCUGCCUUCAAAUCCCAAAAUCACUGAGGAAUUCUCUGGAGAUAGGCAUUCUUCGACAUUACAAGGCCCAAUUAUGCCAAAGACACCAAAGUGCGCAUUAAAGCUGGAUGAUGAGAUGCUCCUCACUCCCAAGUUGGAACAUUUUGGUAUUACAGAACAUACAGGUUACGUAAAUGACUUUACUUUGGCACUGUAUAAUAAAUGUGCUCGACCAGAAAGCAACAGUUGUAAUCCUAUACCAACAAUUGAAGAUCCAUGGCAAACAUCUGUGCCCAAACAGGUUGAAAAAGAUGUUUCUGUCUCUUUUACGGCACACCAGGCAGAUCCCAAAACUGGGGAUUUGCUGAAUUCUCCUUUGUCCCCUGUGUUCUGCACACCUGGUCUGAGAAUUCAUAAAGAUUCCUCCCAAGUUCCAGCAGAUGAAGAAAGAAAAUCAAAUGAAUCCGUACCAUCUCCAGUAUUGCCUCAUUUUGAAACGCCGUGGCUGAAAAAGCAAUCUACUUGUCAAUAUUUUAAAAACGAAGAAACUAUUACACUUGUAGAAAAAACUGCAGCAGAUGGGUUCAGUUUAGAAGAACCUCAGCCACCAGCCAUUAGUUCUGAGAAUUACUUUCUGAACGGAUGUGGCAAAUCACCAUCGCCUCCAGUAAUGAUGACUGACUGUGAAAUUCUAAAUACACCAAAGGCCCCAGAAAUGACCACACAGAUUACUGCCGAUGUCCUUAAGAUACUGCAAAUUUAUGAUGCAGAUUUAAGGACUCCUCAUGAUACAAGACACCCAUCUAGCAGACAAAAUUUGACUUCUGUUAAUCUAAUGACCCCAUUCGGGAACAAAUCAGAGAAAGAAAAUAGGUUAACCCAGGAUGGAGAAUACAUGGAAGAAUGUGCUACCAUGGCUCCUGGUGUUGAAAGGCAUUGCAUCAGAAGCAAGGCCACUUCUAGUAGAUUUCCAGGAUAUCUGAAGAUUUUUCCAGAAAGUAACCUUUCUCCAUCUUUGACAAGUCUUGGUGAAAGGAAUUGAGCAAGACUGGAUAAUGAGAAAUGAAUAUACUAGAUUUAAUCAGCAAAUUAAAACUGUAACCAGAGCAAAAUGCUUGGGUCAUUAUGCCAAUGGAGAGUUCUGUGUGAUUGAAUUAGCAAGUACAGAAGCAACUCUGGAUCCACACGAAGGUAAUGUAAGCUAUGUAAACAGUACUGUAGGAAAAAGUGUUAUCAAUGAAGUGCAGAAAAUAUGUUUGCAUAUUCCCUUCAUAUUAUAAGGUCAGAUAUAGGUUGUAAUUGAGAAUGAAUCAUAAAAUGAAUUGAACUUAGUGGGGUAGAAAAAUAUAUCAUGUGUUUGAAGCCAUGGGUAUAUUAUAUGGAGGUAGAAUACUGAAAACUGCGUGACAGGCAUUCAAAAUGUGAUUGUGCAUUUGUCUCCUUCCAAAACAUUCCAAACCUCUAAGUUCAAACAAAAUGAUAGAAUUCGGUCACUAUGAGCAUAAUUUAUGUGAAAUCUUCAAUGCAGCAUUUUAAUCAGAAUUCAAGAAUGUAGAAGAUUGACUUUGAUUAAGUAACCAGCUUCAGAAGAGGAACGGCACGGGAGGGAAAACCCAAAUCAAACUACAUGUACAUAUGUUUUUUGGUCCUUCCUUCUAGCCAGCCACAACUUUCACUUUGCAGUUUUUCACUUGAUGUAUUUGUGAAGUUAUACAUCAAUAUCAGAAAGUGUACAGUGUAAUUUUAACUUGGGUUUUUAAAAUGACAGUUAAACUUUACCUGCAGAUUUUGCGUUUCAUGAUUUUGGUUCCAUCUUAAAGGUCAUGCAAAAGUUUGGGUUGUGAUCAAGGCCAAUGAAUUAUAGUUAUCAGAAUCCCACAUAAAAAUAAAAUGUUAUGUUUAACUGUUUUAGGAAUAAACUUUGUGGAAAAAUCAGUAACCUUAUGCCUGAUUUUAAUAUUUGUACAUUCAAUAGAAGAACAUUUGGAGAGUACUCUACACUGGCUGUCACUGUUUUACUUAGUGUCAGUUUGGCUCUUGUUAGCACUCACAGCACACAUUGACUAUAUGUCUGCCUAUGUAAGUGACUACUUCACAGUCAAUUACUUAUUUCACAGUCUUUUUGAAGUUUUUUCAGAUGUCCAUGGACAUGAGAGGUGCUAUAUAGGACAUUUAUAAAGUCAAUGUGGAACUUUAGCUUCAGGUGUACACAGGAUAGCAAAGUAAAUCGCAUUUGAAGUUUUAAUAUAAGGAAGUUCAAAUUUCUAGACUUCAAAGUAACUGAUAUUUCUGUGAUGUAUUAUUAAAUCUGAUUUUCCACCAUUUUCAAUUAGUUUCAGCAUCAUUUGUUACAUUAACAUUAAAAAACUUUGCAUUAUGCUUUAUGCUGUUCAGUUUGCUUCUAUCAUAUGUACAUCAAAAGUUAUUAAAGUUUAAAGUAGCACUAUU